GACCGAGUUAGAUCGCUCCUCCCCACUAUAUAUAGCCAUGGGCUCCCGCUAAUUCCCUUCAAUCUUAUUCAUGCAAUUCUGCUUAACUUCUUUUAAGUGGGAAUCCUUCACUUUUCCAUAAAUGGAGUCUCGCUAAUUGUCUUGAUUCUUGCUGUUUUUCCCCUUUCUGUUUGCAAAGUUUGAAGCUUUUUGAAUACUAGGAUUCUGGGAUUUUGGGAAGUGGCUUUACCAUGUAAAUUUAUCUCAUUUUGCUUGUUGGUUUUUGGCUCUUUGCAUUUUGGUUUGAAGUAGUUGAUGAUUUUGAAAAGUUUCUGUUUAGAUGUAAGUUGAGUAUUGAUAUGAUGGAUCUGAGCAUUAUUGUUGCCAACCUUUAGUUCACUUCUGUGUUGUUGAUCAGUAAUGCAUUCAUUUCGUUAAAUCUUUUCUGUUUCUGAUACUAACAUGGAAUUCAUGUAGGACUAGGAAAGUUCUUGCAGAGCUAUGACCAGUUUCUGUGUUUGAUCCCACUUCAUUCAUCGCUGAUCGAUUCUUUUGUUCGUUUUAGUUGAUCAUAUACAAACUAUUCUUUUCAAAUUUUGUCAGGAUGUAACCUGUUCUCGAAUUCUUGACAGAGUUUUAGUUGACAUGGACCUCUUGAAAGGUCUCAAAGUAUUAUACAUAGCCUCAAAGAUAUCCCAACUUUUUUACAAUAAUCAAGUAGUUUUAUGUUUCUUCUGCCCACAGCCUUUUAUGUGCAAAUAUAGUUUGUGAUAUUAGCCUCUCGAGUACCACUUUUGUUCGUUUCAGUGUUGUUUCAUUUACGCGUUUCUUUGUUAAUAUUUGUGUGAGAAUUUUGGGAUGGAGGAAACCUUUGUUCCCUUUCGUGGGAUUAAGAAUGAUCUCAAAGGGAGGCUUCCGUGCUACAAACAAGAUUGGAGUAGCGGGAUAGGCACAGGUAUCAGGAUCUUGGCUCCAACAACGUAUAUAUUCUUUGCAUCUGCAAUUCCUGUUAUAUCUUUCGGUGUGCAACUGGAGAGAAACACCAAUGGAACUUUAACAGCAGUGCAAACACUUGCAUCAACUGCACUUUGUGGCGUGAUCCACUCUGUCAUAGGUGGACAGCCACUACUUAUACUUGGUGUAGCCGAGCCCACAGUGUUAAUGUACACUUUCAUGUUCGAUUUUGCCAAAGAUCGAAAAGAUUUGGGGGAGAAGUUGUUCUUAGCCUGGACAGCAUGGGUCUGUGUGUGGACGUCCAUUUUGCUUUUCUUGCUGGCUAUCUUAGGUGCUUGCUCUAUUAUCAAUCGGUUUACGCGUGUUGCUGGUGAAUUGUUUGGUCUUUUAAUCGCAAUGCUCUUUAUGCAGCAGGCAAUUCGUGGAGUUGUGGAGGAGUUUGGCAUUCCGAAGAGAGGAAAAGAAAGUGCAACUGCUCUUUUACCUUCCUGGCGCUUUGGAAACGGAAUGUUUGCUUUGGUGCUUUCAUUUGGCCUUCUUCUUACUGCAUUGAGGAGUCGCGAGGCUAGAUCCUGGCGCUAUGGUGCAGGGUGGUUUAGAGGGUUUAUCGCGGACUAUGGUGUCCCGCUGAUGGUGCUUGUGUGGACUGGUGUGUCUUACAUACCAGCUAACGACAUUCCUAAAGGGAUACCAAGAAGACUCGUUAGCCCAAAUCCGUGGUCAGCUGGUGCAUACACGAACUGGACAGUCAUCAAGGACAUGGGGGAUUUGCCACUACUUUAUAUAAUUGGAGCAUUUAUUCCAGCCACAAUGAUAGCUGUGCUUUAUUACUUCGAUCAUAGUGUUGCAUCUCAACUUGCACAGCAGAAAGAGUUCAAUCUAAAGAAGCCGUCUUCUUAUCACUAUGAUCUCCUGCUCUUGGGACUUUUGGUGAUAAUAUGCGGUCUCAUCGGCAUUCCUCCUGCCAAUGGAGUUAUUCCGCAGUCCCCAAUGCACACGAAAAGUUUGGCCACUCUGAAACAUCAGCUUUUGAGGAACAAGCUCGUAUCAACUGCACGAGAUAGCAUCAGUAAAAACGCCAAUCUAUCUCAGCUGUAUAGAAGCAUGCAAGAAGCAUACACAGAGAUGCAGACUCCACAUGUAUACCAAACUCCAGCUGCUUUGGGACUAAAUGAGCUGAAAGAAUCAACCAUUCAGCGCGCAUCCACUAGUGGCUACAUGGACGCGCCAGUUGAUGGUGCCAUCUUUGAUGUGGACAAGGAUAUCGAUGAUCUCCUACCUGUGGAAGUUAAGGAGCAACGCGUCAGCAAUCUGCUUCAGGCCUUAAUGGUCGGAUGUUGUCUUGCUGCCAUGCCUCUCUUGAAAAAGAUCCCCACUGCCGUCCUCUGGGGCUACUUCGCCUUCAUGGCAAUAGAGAGCUUGCCAGGAAACCAGUUCUGGGAAAGAAUUUUGCUGCUUUUCACAGCUCCAAGUCGAAGAUACAUGGUGCUAGAGGAGUAUCACGCGACCUUUGUGGAGACUGUGCCUUUCAAAACAAUAGCACUCUUCACAUUGUUUCAGACGUUUUACUUGCUUUUAUGCUUUGGAAUAACGUGGAUCCCCAUAGCCGGCGUCCUCUUCCCUUUGCUGAUCAUGCUUCUUGUCCCGGUGCGCCAGUAUCUGCUUCCCAAGUUCUUCAAAGGAGCUCAUCUGCAAGACUUGGAUGCUGCAGAGUAUGAAGAAGCCCCUGCUAUUAACUACAACAUAUCCUACGACGUUUUAUGCAUUCAGGAACAAGGUAACACCAUCAAUCUCGACAGUGGUGAGUUGUUGGACGAGAUGAUUACAAGAAGUCGUGGUGAGAUCCGCCAUGGUCGUAGCCCAAAGGUCCAUAGUUCAACUCAGUCACCUCGGGAGGAAAUGAAGUCCAUGUACAGUCCUAGGCUGCCUGAGAGGGUGCAGAGCCCACAUCUUAGUGAAAUAAGAUCGGAGUUAAGCCCGAGGUUGAACGGUAGACAAGUAGAAUUAAGGCGAACCCCGAGCCCUCUCGGACAAAAUAGUCAUGGAUCAUCAUCUUCUUGAUCCAGACAAUCUCCAUUAGUUCUCAGUUUGGUGCUUGAGAGGUCCUUAUUAUGUAGAAGAGACUUGAGUAAUAAUUUAGAUAUUUGGCUGUUCUAACAUCUUAGUUUUUGUGUUUAUUGUCUUCCUACAUUGUAUACAACGUUCACUCUCAUGGGCAGAAGACAGUUAAUCAUAAAAAUGGGAGUUAUUUAUUUGAAA